UAAGAGAUGGAGGUUGGAAACCACACCAUAGUGACAGAGUUCAUCCUUUUAGGGCUAACAGUGGAUCCUACACUUCGGGUCAUACUUUUAGUGAUAUUUCUAGGAAUAUAUACUGUUACCGUACUAGGCAAUAUCAGCAUAAUCACUCUAAUAAGAAGCAGUCCCCAGCUCCACACCCCCAUGUACCUGUUCCUCAGUCAUCUGGCCUUUGUGGACAUUGGGUUUUCCACAUCAGUCACGCCUAUUAUGCUUAUGGGCUUCCUUGGGCACGGAAAGGCCCUCCCUGUGGCUGGCUGUGAAGCCCAACUCUGUAUUACGGUGUCAUUUGGAUCUGCUGAGUGUUUCCUGCUGGCCACCAUGGCCUAUGACCGCUAUGUGGCCAUCUGCUCUCCCCUUCUCUACUCUACAAGUAUGUCCCCCGUGGUCUGCUUCAUCUUAGUUGGGACUUCUUAUGCAUGUGGCCUUGUGAAUGGUUGCAUAUUUAUUAGUAGUGCCUUAGGCCUGUCUUUCUGUGGGCCAAACCAGAUAGAUCACUUUUUCUGUGACUUUGCUCCUUUGGUGAAACUUGCCUGUUCAGAUGUCUCCAUUAUUGGAAUCAUCCCUUCCAUCUCUUCUGGCUUUGUCAUUGUUACAACAGUGAUUGUCAUAGGCAUCUCCUACAUCUACAUCCUCACCACCAUCCUGAAGAUGCGCUCCACGGAGGGCCGCCACAAGGCCUUCUCCACCUGCGCCUCCCACCUCACUGCGGUCACUCUCUACUAUGGAACUAUUACCUUCAUUUAUGUGAUGCCCAAGUCCAGCUACUCCACUGACCAGAACAAGGUGGUGUCUGUGUUCUACACUGUGGUGAUCCCCAUGUUGAACCCCCUCAUCUACAGCCUGAGGAACAGAGAUGUGAAGGAAGCCCUAAGGAAAGCAACUGCUAGGGUGUAUUCAUAG